GUUGUGUUAUAAAAUGUGUUAUAACCAUGUGUUAUAAAAGACGACCUUUUGUCAUGACUUUUUAUCUUUACCUCCUAAAGUAUACAGAACUUAAAAAUAUAUAUAUAAGAAGAAUGUCUCCUUUCCUCAGUUUUCAACACCAUGUAAAGUUAGCUUGAGAAGAUCUUAAUCACUUAAACUCCAAGUUAUCUGCUUAGAAUUAAGAGUUAUAGCUUAGUUAAAACAAUUACUCAUAAAAAGAAAGCAGCGGACUUUGGGUGCGCUAAAGGACGGCAAAGGCUCUAACAAUGUUGAGGAAUCUGUGAGUCGACCCACGAAACGACUUAUAGAGAUCUAAAAGACCAAUAGAUAUCAAAAUAUGGGUUGAACGGGUGACGGUACAUACAGCGUAUACACACAUUAUAAUCAAAAUAAAUGAAAGGGCAAUUGUCAUUUCUCUCGCGAAAACCCAAUUGGUUAACACAUUGCACUCAGGUGCAAUGGUAUGGUUCAGAGCUGAUGUGAAUACCCACGCGCCGAUUUUUAAAAUAAACUUUGCGUGUGUUAAUGACGUUUCAAUUUCCCAUUUAGGACCUGAUUAGUUUGUAAGCUAGUUAGUCACGAGCAAGCAACCAACAUUGACAAUAAAAAGAUCAUCUUAAAACCAUAAGAACCAAAAUGACAACAGAAACACCAAAAAUAAGCAUCGAAGACCUUAAAGAAUGGUAUAAAAAAAGACAUCGUACCUUUAUUGCCUUUACAUGUCAAAAUACUUGCUUGGGAAUGGAAUACUCUUUGACAUUUGUAACUUUAUGGCUAUAUCUUGAAGAAACGCUAAAAGCCUCUCAUUUAAAGCUGUUCUAUGCUCUAAUUUCUGCAGUGUACGUAACGACACAGAUAGCAGCAUCAAUUGUUAUUGGUUAUAUUUUCGAUAAGUACAGAAAUACAUCAAGUAUGUUUCUAAUUGGGAAUUGUUUCAUUGCAAUCGGAAAUGCUCUCUAUGCUAUACCAUACUCGCCUUGGAAUUUAUUUUUUGGUAGACUAAUCUCAGGUGUGGGAGGGUAUCAUAAAUCUAUUAUUAGUAGUGAAUUAGCUAGAUCAUAUUCUGAUGACGAACUAUCGUCAAAGCUUUCCAUAAUAGGGAUGGCAUUUGGUCUUGGAUUUGUUCUAGGCCCAGGAAUUAAUUUUAUUUUUGUAAAAGCAGAUUUUUUUAUUAGUUGGUUACAUAUCACUUACACAAAUGCUCCUGCCUGUUGCUUAGCCGUCGUCUUUAUAUUAAAUCAAAUUUUAGUGACGUAUUUAGUAAGUGACCUAUCCAAAGAAUAUGAUUUAAAAGAGCAAGAGACAGUUGGUGAGGAGAUUGCAGAAUAUACAACAGUAAAUAACUCAGAUGAUGAAAGUAAUGAACUGUUGCUACCAAACAAAUCAAAAAACAAAAAAGAAAGUGUUAUUUGUGUAUUCAAACAACUUUUAAAGCAUACAGAUACGCUAAUAGUUCUCUUGUCUUCAUUUAUGUUCAUGUAUUGCAUGGUCUCAUUUGAUCUUUGGCUGCCGUUAGCAAUUGUUAAACUGAUGAAUUGGGGAGUUGUUGAAAUCAACAUCAUUGUGUUUGGAAAUGGAAUAGCUUCAGUCGUUUUUCUACUAUUUAUAACGUAUCGACCGUUAAAUGAUCAUUCAAUUGUAUAUAUGAGUUGGAUUUGUACUCUGUUUGUCACAUUGAUCCUAAUUAUGUAUACCGUGCUAGCAGUAUAUAACUCAAACCUAAUUCUAAACAUUGUAUGUUGGACAUGUUACUCAAUACUUUUCGCAAUUCUUGUUAUUUUUGAUGAUGUAUUUCUUAUUGGUGCUAUGGCAAAGAUGACUAGUUCUCGCGUGCAAACAUUAACAGAAAGUAUAAGAUUGGCAUUUUCGCGUUUCGGAGAAUUAAUAGCGUUAUUGACAGCUGCCAUCUCUUUCACACAACUAGAGUAUGUGUGUACCUGUCUAGCUGUUUUGUCAUGUUUUGGACUUGUAGUGUUGGUGUUAAGAAGGAAAUCGCUGCAAAAUCCUGCUAUUAUCGUCAAUUGAAUUAUGGUCGUUGUGUUGAAGAGAAAUCAAAAUGAGUAAGAAAGAAAAUAUCACAAAUAUGAAAUUAUGCCUGACUGAUUUCAUCAGCAAGUCUUGGGUUUUUUUGCAAUGUUCCAGAUCUUUUUCUGGUUUUGUUGGUUUUGUUUCUCGAUAUGUACAUAUAUCUAUAAAUGAAAGAUAAAGUAUAUGUCAAUGUUG